GGCAUUUACCGGCUCAGAGCAGGCGGAGACGCACGGAGGGGGGAGACAGACGAGCGAGGCAGGAAGACUCGGGACGCACCGCGGCGGCAUCUGUCGCCUUUUUUUUUUUCUUCCCCCCCGCACGUCUUCGACGCGCACAUCCAGGAUUUGGGACAUUUUUUUUCUCAUCUCGUUUCAAGCUGAAAUCAAUGAAGGAGAGACGCUCGUGUCAGAAGUUAUCUCUGAAAUCCGGCAUGGAUCCCAGUCAGAGUGUGAAGUGUAAGAUAGUGGUGGUCGGGGACAGCCAGUGCGGGAAGACCGCGCUGCUUCACGUGUUCGCCAAGGACUGUUUCCCAGAGAGCUACGUCCCCACAGUGUUUGAAAACUACACGGCCAGUUUUGAAAUUGACACGCAGAGGAUCGAGCUCAGUUUGUGGGACACCUCAGGAUCUCCAUACUACGACAAUGUGAGGCCCCUGUCCUAUCCAGACUCUGACGCCGUCCUCAUCUGUUUCGACAUCAGCCGCCCUGAAACGCUCGACAGCGUACUAAAAAAGUGGAAAGGAGAAAUCCAAGAGUUCUGUCCCAACACUAAGAUGCUGCUGGUCGGCUGCAAGUCAGACUUGCGCACUGAUCUGAGCACACUUGUGGAGCUUUCCAACCAUCGACAGGCACCGGUCUCUUAUGACCAGGGCUCCAGCAUGGCCAAGCAGAUCUCGGCGCCCUACAUCGAGUGCUCGGCUCAGCAGUCCGAGAACAGCGUCAGAGACAUUUUCCACGUGGCCACGCUGGCCUGCAUCAACAAAAACAGCAAAAACAUGAAGCGCAGCAAGGCCGCCCGCGCCACCAAGAGGAUUUCACACAUGCCCGGCAGGCCCGACCUGGCCGCCGUGGCCUCGGACCUCCGGAAGGACAAAGCCAAAAGCUGCUCGGUCAUGUGACCGUUCAGGGUGCUGGGGAUCAGACUGAGGAGGACGGAGCACAGUGCAGACAGGAAGCUAUGGGGCAACGCUCUCUCCUGCAUGCGAAAGAUCCCUUAUUUGUCUGGAAAGGAGUUUUAUAAGCUUCAACUCAUGUACAUGUUACUGGAAUACUCUGCACCAAUGAAAACGAUACGUAGUAGCAUCCCAAUCAGCGUGGCCCCCGCCCCUGCUGCCCCACCAGUCGAGGAAGCUAUCUAUCAGUGGGCUACCUGCCUUGGGAAGUGACCUACUUCCUCUGGGAGGGCAAAGCGGAUGCAGUUGAAGCUUUCCACGCCAACAGGAAAUGAGCAGGAGGAGUGAUGUCAUUAGGAGAUGCUCAUUCAUAAAUGAAGGGUUUAAGAACAUGCGGUCAUUUGAAUGAGAGCCAAAGCCAGCGGUGGUGGUGGUGGUGGUAGUAGUAGUAGUAGUGGGGGGGGGUGGUCUACUCUGCUGCCUCGGAGGAAAAAAGAGGAGCUGCUGUUGUUUGUGCUGGAUCCAAGACUUUUUUGCUCAGAGGGCUCGUACAACUACUCAUCACUGUGUUUUGGAACCGAUUCGCUCUCACCCCUGCUCCCCACCUCCCCACCUCCCGCAACGGAAACCUGAUGCUGUUUGCCCCCCCCCACCCCCACCCCUCCGUCUCUAAUCUGAUAUGUUGUCGGUGUAAUGUGAAUUGGUGUGUAACUGCGUCAUUGUUUUAUUUUCGGCUUCAUCCGGAUGGGAACCCGACUCUGAACAGCUGAUCCUGCAGGAGCUGAACAAUGCCACGGUCCCAUUCUGUCACCUCUACCGCUAUAGGCACAUAAGGACUCUCUGAAGGCAGAUUAUAGGCGCCGUUUCACACACUUGACGGGUUCAUGGGUCGGCCAAGAGAUGCUAUUUGACUGUUAAGAAGAAAAAAAAAUCUUUAAACCCUUAAUGGAACCUGAGUGACCUAAUGAGAAAGUGGAAAAUUUGACUAAUUGCAGCCGCCCUGAGCCACGAAUCCCGUUUCAAGGGGGAGUGAAUGGAAAAGGCAACAAUUAAAGCUUGUUUAUUAGGAUCCAAAAACCUCCUGUGAUUGGGUUGAGUUGAAAAACCCUCUGCAUUUAAAGCGGCGUAUCAGUUCAUGCAAAAGGAUUUAGCUGCGAUUAGUGGAUUCGGAGGUUCAAAUUUGGGGAAUUUGCAACCCUGACCUUAAGGGAGGCAACAGAUAGUCAAUGAAAUAUGUAGCAUAUUGGCUGUGUUGCAGCAUCCAGUUAUAUUUACCCUCCUUCUGUAGCUUCUUAAUGAAGGAAAUACUAAACAGUUGGUAUAGGGAGUUCAGCUUGAGCCCAAAUACUUAGUUAUUGGUGCACGGACUGCAGAGCUUCACCUCCUAAUUCACAAUGACUCAGCUGUGACCAGGCCUUAACUCAAAUUGGAUGAUUGUAUUUGUCCUACAUGGUUUAAAUUGUUAUUCAAUGCUCGACUGAAGUGUUUUGUUUGUUUUUUUAAUUUUCUGGGGUUUUCCUCGAACGACGUUGCAAUUAAGAAGCUGUUUAAAUAUCAAUGGCAUUGAUGCACUUUUAAUGUAACUUUCCGAUUAGCUUGUUCAAAUGCCGGCGCCUGUGUUCAUUCCCUCGUCGUCCCCCCCGCCCGUGUCAUGUUUGCUUGAAUGUCGAUGUCACCUUCAAAAUGUCUUUGCCAAUGUUGUCGCCACGAUAUUUAUUGAAUUAUAUAUUUUCCCUUUAGAAUAAAUGCCAAUGGAAUUGAA